AUGGCAACGUCCCUUUGGUGGACAGAUACGUCCAAGAGGAACCGCUUUCUCAAGGAAUACCGGACCCAGGUGUCUUCAGGAGCGUCUACCAUCAUUGCAACUCUCAUCUCGACGCCUUUGGAGAACUUGAAAACCCGAAUGCAAACCCAUGACUUCAAAGGCUAUGGACACUGUGCGCGCUACAUGUGGCGGACUGAAGGUCUUCGAGGAUAUGCGGCCGGUGCUCUUCCACCACUCGCGAGUGUAACUAUCGUGCGGGUGAUCAAUUUUACUGUCUAUCAAAAGGUCAAAUACAUGGUCUCGGAUGCCAUUGAGCGCACCACAGGAACUUCCCCUCUGGUAUACUACAAUACUCCAGGCAGUCUGCCAACGCUGGGAACCCUGGCAACCUUCACAAUUGGAGGCAUGGCGGCAGGCCUAGCUGCGGCUCCCCUUGCCUGUCCCUUUGAACUUGCCAAAAAUGUGGUGCAAACCUCGGUUCUCAUGGCCAAUCGGGCUCAGGCCUCGGGCACGAUCCUAGAGAACUCUCCCCUCCGUGAUAUCAAGCGUCUUACUACUGCCCAAGCUAUCAAGCAGAUCAUAUCUCGCCAUGGUAUUUCUGGGCUCUACACCGGGGUGCGGUUGCAUGCGCUACGCGAUACUAUCGGGACCGGAAUGUACUUUGCGAUCUACGAAACAACCAAGCAACUGAUUUCUACCUAUCACGGCGACCAUGGCUCUCCGUUUGCACCAAUGGCUGCGGGAGCUCUCUGUGGGGUCAUUCCUUGGAUUUGUACCUAUGGCCUGGAUACAAGGAAAACCCGUGCCCAGAGUAUCUUGCUCGGAAAAACCAACGAAAUCAACGAAGCAACAGUUGCCGCCGCGAGAUCAUCCACUUAUAGGGGAAUGACUGUGCUGCUAUUCCGCACGUCGGUGCAGAACAUGAUUUUGCUCUCGUCUUUCGAGUACUUCAAAGCGCAGAUCAACGCUCUUCCAGUCUACGAUGAACAGCCUUGA